UAUAUUAGUUCGCUCAAGUGGACGAGAAACCAAUUGUUUCUCCGUAGUCGCAUGUUGCAGCAGAAUAGAUGUGUGAACUCCUGGAAUGCGUUUGUUAAAGCUCGACUUCAGGAUGCAAAUGAAGGACUAGGCAGAGGGGAUCGCUUCAAACUUAUGGUGUUCAUUGCGCAAAACAAGGCGAGAUUGCUGCGGGAUUAUGGAAGACUCACCGUCGCUGAAAAGAAAGGUUACAACAUUCGUGUUCUUGAAGCUCGAGAAGCGAAGAACCAUACCGCACGCGCAAACCCUAAAGCCGUCAAACACGAUGUGAAUGCUGCAUUCACUUCAAUGGAUCGCGAGGUAUGUUUUCAUCUUGUAAUUAGGUGGAUGGCUCUUCAUGCGCGCACCGGUAUGGAAGGUUUUUACGUUGCUGUGCGUGGCGGAAUCGAGGACCUUGCGGAGCUGAAAGUGUUUUUCACCAAGAAGUCUCAAAAGUUCGUUCAGGACGUACUAGGAAUCGAGCCGCAGCACCUCGGACUCAAAUUAGAAGCCUUCAUUAUUAGCAAGCUGGACGAACGCGUGUCUCUCAACCGUGCACGGCCACUCAACAAACUCAUCAGCGAAUGUCGCGAGCUUAUUCAAGCUGAGCUAGAUUUCAUUUUGAUGGAGAAAAAUGUGUCGAGCAAGGUUAAAAUGAACUACACUAACUAUGAGCGUGCUAUCGUCGAACGUUAUGGCAUAGAGCUA